AUGGAUGAUGUUGAAAAAGGGCAGGAGGGCGGUAUCCUAGAUAUUGAUGGUAAGAGAGAGAAGAAAAAAUCAAAGAAACGCUCAGCGCCAGCUUUAGAUUCACAAGAAGAGACAUGCAUUAAUGCUGGUGUGACCCAUAAAGUGGAUGAUGAAUAUGACGUGAAUGAGCCAACUAUGGCAGAGAAGCUUGCGAGUUUGGAUUUGGUCAAUGAGGACAAAUCCAAUGUUGACAAGCUUGAGCCAUCCCAUCCCAAGACCCCUGAUUCAGUUCAUCUUUUACUGAAGCAAGCUUUGCAUGCUGACGACCACGCUUUGCUAUUGGAUUGUUUGCACUCGAGGGAUGAAAAGGUUAUUGCAAAGUCAACAUCACUUUUAAGUCCAGUAGAUGUUCUCAAGCUUUUAAAAUCACUUACAUCCAUGGUGCAGCAAAGAGGUGCCGUGUUGAUCUGUGCACUUCCUUGGCUUAGAAGCUUGCUUUGUCAACAAGCAAGCGGUAUAGCAUCACAAGAAUCGUCCUUACAUAUUCCCAAUUCCUUAUACCAGCUGAUCGAAGCAAGGGUUUCAACCUUUCGAUCUGCUCUCCAGCUCUCCACAUCUCUUGAUGUCCUAUGCGCCAGGAUGCCUGAGGUUGAGACUGAGGAAGACAGCACUAUCCCCUUAAUAAUAUAUGAGGACAAGGACAGUAGUGAUGAAGAAGAAGAAAAUGAAGACGCAAUGGAAACUGAUGAAGAUGAUGGUGAAGAUAUGGGAGCUAUUAUUGACUCUCAUGAUUCUGAUGUGUGAGUGGAUGCUACCCACGUGGGCACGUGGGCCUGAGCUUAGCUUCGU